CGCAGUCGAGAUCCCAUGUUUGUGUUGGGUGUCCGAGGAAGUCGUAGCACGUGACUAGCGCUAGCGCCCGCCUUCGCUAAGCGAGCCGCCGCACUGAAGCUCGCUCAAAUCGCUUCUUUGCUACAACCCGUGAACUUCAUCAAGAUCCAGCAGCACCGACACCAUGCAGAUCUUCGUGAAGACCCUGACGGGCAAGACCAUCACCCUCGAGGUGGAGUCUUCUGACACCAUCGACAAUGUCAAGUCCAAGAUCCAGGACAAGGAAGGCAUCCCGCCGGACCAGCAGCGCCUGAUCUUCGCCGGCAAGCAGCUCGAGGACGGCCGCACCCUCUCCGACUACAACAUCCAGAAGGAGUCGACCCUGCACUUGGUCCUUCGUCUGCGCGGCGGCAUCAUCGAGCCCUCGCUCAAGGCCCUCGCCUCCAAGUAUAACUGCGACAAGAUGUGCGUUUGCCUCUGCCGCUCCCGCUGUCCAUGGGAUGGCUUGCUGACACACGCGAAACAGGAUCUGCCGCAAGUGCUACGCCCGCCUCCCCCCGCGCGCCGUCAACUGCCGCAAGAAGAAAUGCGGCCACACCAACCAGCUCCGGCCCAAGAAGAAGCUCAAAUGAGCGGCUCACCCCCUGGCGUACCGGCGAUGGAUGGGAACGGGUCACGGGAAACGAGUGCGACGAUUGCUAUGCUAUACGGAAAGCCUGCCAGCGGAGGCGUGGAGCCGUGGCACUGGUGCAUGCAUGCAUGGAUGGCGGCGUCCGUACCUUUUUACGAUCGAGGGUCUGGCGCAGCGAUAAGAGGAUCGCUAUUCAUGUAGAUUGAAUCGAUACCUCGGCAAUUCAUGGCUUUUUUCUCUUCCCU